UGUGAAGUAAUACAAACCUUUCUUUGCCUUCCAGUGUCAGAAAUACACAUUUCAAUGUGUUAAAGAGCAGAGGCUAAUAUCGAUGGUGUUGACUUUAUGUUAGCUAAAGCCUUAGUUACGUCAUAUUAAUCAGCCCUGUUAGUUUCGCGCCAAAUGUGGGACAUCGGUUAGCCAGCGAUUGUAAAUACAGCAGCCUGGUGAAAAAGCUUUCCUUCAGAAGGAUUGUUGGGGGAUUACUUCCAUGUGAUUGGAGUCAUAAGGUUUUAUAAUUCGAUGAGAACAUGAAAGUCCCACUAGAUGAUGACAUCUCACAAACAGAGAGGGAGCUCACGUCACCACCCUCCCCAAAACGAUCCAGACCUGAGUGUAGAGUGAUGAAUGACCACAGUGGGUUAAGCAAGUUCGACUUUCCAGAGCUUUUGACAUUUAGGAAAACUAAUCAUUCCCCAUCAUCAGCAAGUACCCUGCAGAAAACCGAAGGCCUGAUUAGCACAUUUGAAUGUUUGGAAGAUGAGAAAUCUCAGGAGCGACCACAAGACACUAAGUCUGACGUCAGUCCUAAUACUGAGGUGACUUCAUACAAUAAGAGUACACACGUGGAAUCAUCUAGAGUGUGUUUUGUUCCCACUGAGAGCUACCUACUCCUGGGGAAAGAGGAGCAGCUUCCAGUUACUGAAACAGACAAACUCAGCUUUUACCAGUCAGAUGAUACAGAUGGUUCAUUAGGAGAGUCUGCCACCAUAGCCAGUACUAACACAUCCAGUCAUUCUGAUGGCAGGCUACCAGGGACAUCCCUUAAAGAUCAAACCCCUGGUGGUUGCAGUCCUUCCACUGGAAAUGAAAAAUAUGGGAGACAGGUACAAAAAAAUGUCAAUGAAAUGCAGACGAGAAAUGAAGAGGUCAGAUGUCAGCCUAAUUGUACUAAUAAAGAGUCAGUCUGUGACGUAGGUUACUGUAGCACAAGGAACCAAUUUGCUGAAGUUGUAGAGACGACUCAGAAGAGGACUGAACCUGAGUUUAAUGAGUAUAUUGUUUUCACUAAGGAAGAGAGUGAGAGUAAGAGAUCUUCCAGUGAUUAUGCAGAUUCUAAACCACUCUGUUCAGACCCUGUAGAAGAGCCCUCUGGGAACUUGGUAGAAGCUGGGAAAAAGGAAAAAAAUGAUUCAGGAUUACAGUUCUGUGAGAAGGAAAAUGUUUCUGUCUGUGAUGGGAAAACAGAAGGCCAAGUUAAUAAGAAAGCCCUCAUCCUUUUUGCUGCUGUAUGCGGUGAAGGAUCAAUUCUUUCUCAUGAUGUGAUGUUAGAAAGAAAUCCUGCAAAUGAGAGCCCGAAUCUCGAUGUUGAUGACCUCUGUGGGGAAAAAAGAGCGGAUGGUGCUUGCAAGAUAAUAGCCAAAGCUCAGAGUGAAACAGCUGAUCACACAACAGUGACUACGUUGCCGGCUAGAAUCAGUCAAGAGCCGGCUGAAGGAGAUAAUGAUGAAGGCCCUUUCCAUGUAAUUGACCCUGCGAUCUGUAGUGAAACUGACAGGGAAGCUGAAGAAAACUGCUGUAACUCAGCAAUCGCCGCAGGUCCCAAAUUAUCUCCAUCAGUAGAAGUCGACAAGAUGGAAAUGCCUCUUCCACUCCAUUCCCACAUGAGGACAUCAGAAAAGGUUUCAUGUCCCGACCGGACAGAGUGCUUUAAUAAUGAAAGCAGGACAUGGCAUCAGGAAGGUGCAAACGAUGACUUCUGUCAGGCAGGACUACAGUCUUCUUCCGUCACCACCAAUGAAACGCACAAGACUUUCACUGAAUGUGACUGUCAAUGGAAAUCCAGGUUCAGCAGGAGCCCUACAAAGCCUCUCCCUCCUGGGGAUCAUGCAAUACAAGGAAGCCACGGUUCCAUGGGACACGAGUUCAAAGAGCAGAGUCGCUCCAGCUGUUUUUCUGUCAGGCUUGAUCCCCUGGAGACGUCGGAAGUCGAACAUUCACAGAGAGAAAUUGACAGCGUGGACAUGACAGCUGUGAUAAAAGAAAGCAAAGAAAUCUGUUUUGUGAAAGAAUUGGAGAUGAAUGACUAUAUGAACCCGAAGAGGACAGUGGAGUUGGAGGAAAAACCGCUACUGCAGAAUGGACUGCACAAGGAUAACACAACUGAACUACUUACUUGUGAUUGCAAGGCUGAAUGCAGCGAGGGUGAAGCACAUGAAUGGGACAGUGAAUUAAAGCUCACUGAAACUGAACAAAGAAGCAAGCUCGAGCGUUUGUCUGACCAACCAUUCAGUGCUGAUAUUUCCAUGACAGAAGUGGGAGAAGAGGAAAGAAAAGAAGUGACAGAAGUUGGAGACGAAAUGAAAACUGAUGGGCCUGAAAACUCAGCAACACUGGUGCAAUCUGAGGAUUAUGUUCAGCAGCAAAAUGACCACAAAGCAGACGUGACUCAACUGUCAUCUGGUGAUGGCGCUGAUGAAUGGACAGAGUGGAGCACAUUGCCCUUGGGAAGCGAAGAUGGACAAGAACACAAGCUUAGUUGUGUCUCUGAUUGCCAAGACAAAGCUGAAAAUAAAGCUGACUUUUCAGCCUUCAGUUUGCCUUCAACAAGCGAUGCAGUCGUACCGUGUCAGGGCAAUUUAAGCCAUUCACAGAAGGCUCACAGUAAUCCCACUUCCAUAAACUGCAUUGACAGAUUUUCCCCAUUGCCAUCUGCUCUCUGUAACCUAGUGCCGGAGGGGUUUGACACUUUUGAAAAGAUCCAACUCUCACUAGAUGAUGAUGACGCCACUGGAGCGGGCAACAUCCCUGUCCUCGUCAGCUCGCCUGGGCAGCUGCUAUACCACUUUAUGUCAGUGGCAGAAAGCAACAUGCGUGAGAGGAUACCAGAAGAGAAGGAGUGUAUCACUGAGAACAUGGCAAACAGGCUUCUUAGCAGCGAUUCUGCCUGUAAUGAACUCCCAAACUUCAUCUUAGGAGCAGAUGCCAUUGCUCUCGAAUGGCCCGAGCGAGAGCCUAACUGUGAAUCGGUCCGUGAUUCCUCUGAGCACAUUCAGGAUGAAUUAAACCCAGAGUUAAUGUCCCCUACUGUUUCUGCUGAGAGUGACAGCCCUGCCUCUGGUGUGAACAGCUGUGCUGAGUUUGAAAUGAAAAACCAGUUCGACUCGGUCUUGAAAGAGCUGAAUUUGUUUUUUGAGAUCAGUAGAAAUGACUUUGAAAGCGACUGCAAAGCAAACUUCAUCUCGCCUGAGCAGUGCACUGACAGAACUAAAGUCUUGGAAGGCAGCGCUUCAGAACGGACAGAGCGUCUCACCAGUCCAGACGUGGGACGCCACAGAGGCGCUGCAUCAGAUGAUGUUGCCGAGGACCACAGCAUGGACGUGUGUGAAGGUGAUCCGGUGGUUUCUCGGACUGCUGUCAGUAGUGACGGAGAGCAGGAAGUGCCUCUUAGCGGACACCUGUGCCGGGAAGCUCCUGUUGCAGAGAAACACAGAGGAGCCCCUGAGCAGCCCAGGAGACUAGAGCCGCUGAAAACAUGUGCACGGCCGAUCCGGGUUGGACUUUCAAAGAGAGCCAAGACCAAACACCUGCACCGGCCCCGCCCCUAUAAGUGAGCGUUGGACAUGCAAUCAAGGGUGAGGUGUGUGAGUGUAAACAACCUCGUGUGAAGCUUUGUGAUGCAGUGUUCAUGACCUCGAGGGUUAUUAUCGGAUUUACAGCGUUCCUGUUAUCUUUUCCUGAGUUGUUGAGGUUUCUGUACAUUUUAGUUCCCCCGUUAUCCAAAGAUGUUUGGGUCCAUAAAAUAUCCUGACAAGGAUCCGUUCUUAGUAUUUCUCCACAUUGUCCAAGCUGGAAAAAUAUGGCAAAACAUUUAGAUCUUUAUGUAUUUAUUUACUUAUUGAUAUACUGUAUUUAUCUGCUUCUUUCUAGCUGUAUGGGUGUGGUGUGUUAUCUUUGCAUUCUGCUGUUACUGUUGUCCUGUUAGCUGGAGUUCAGUACUGAAACUGCUUUAUUUAUUCAAAUAUGUUUCUGAUGUCCACACUAUGCGUGGCUGUAUCUGUUGGAAAACUCUGAUCUCUUGUGCAGUUUUCCUUGUUUUAAUGUUAUUCCAUCAUUAGUGGCAGUUUCCUGCAGUGUUAUUAAAAACUUGAUCAGAUUGUU